UAAAGAAAAGUACUUUCUUCGUAAUCUUGGCAGAUGCCAGUAGCUGUGUCCCUCUCCCUUCAUUUCCACCGCCCCCCUUUCCCAACUUGUUAUUGCAGUGUAUACGUUACACUCACUCACUCACUCUUCAGUCCACACACACUUCCACUGAUGGCGUUCCCCUGCCCUCAUCGCCUCCUCAUCCUAAUCGUUACCCUGAUAGCCGCGGCGGAGGCGGAUUUAUCCGCUACCGGCGGUGCGAAGAAGAAGACUUUUGUUUUCCGUGUCGACCACCGGGCAAAGCCGUCGGUGUUUCCCACUCAUGCCCAGUGGUACGCCUCCGCCGCCUUCUCCGGCGGCGGCGGCGGCGCUACCCCCCUUCCCCUCCUCCACGUCUACGACACCGUCUUUCACGGCUUCUCUGCCUCCCUCGCCCCGGCCCACGCCGCCGUCCUCUCCGCCCACCCUAGUGUCCUAGCCGUCUUCGAGGACCGCCUCCGUCGCCUCGACACCACACGCUCCCCCCAGUUCCUCGGCCUACGCAAUCAGGACGGCCUCUGGUCCGACUCCGACUACGGCUCCGACGUCGUCGUUGGCGUGCUGGAUACCGGCGUCUGGCCCGAGCACCGCAGCUUCUCCGACCGCAACCUUGGCCCUGUCCCCUCCCGAUGGCGUGGCGCCUGUGAGACCGGCCCCGGCUUUCCCGUGUCCCUCUGCAACCGUAAGCUUGUCGGAGCCCGGUUCUUCUCCAAGGGCCAUGACGCCUCCUUUGUCGGCGGCGGUGGCGGCAUCAACCAGACGGUGGAGUCGCGCUCCCCGCGCGACGCCGACGGUCACGGCACGCACACUGCCUCUACCGCCGCUGGCCGCCAUGCGUUCCGGGCCAGCAUGGCCGGCUAUGCCGCGGGAAUCGCCAAGGGCGUUGCCCCCAAGGCCAGGGUGGCCACAUACAAAGUCUGCUGGAAGGGUUCUGGUUGCCUCGACUCCGACAUCCUCGCCGGGUUCGACCGCGCCGUCGCAGAUGGUGUGGACGUCAUCUCGGUCUCCAUUGGUGGUGGCGACGGCAUUGCCUCGCCCUACUACCUCGAUCCCAUCGCCAUCGGCUCAUUCGGCGCCGUCUCCCGGGGCGUCUUCGUCGCGUCCUCUGCUGGCAACGACGGGCCCACCUCCAUGUCUGUCACCAACGUCGCCCCCUGGCUCACCACCGUCGGCGCAGGCACCAUCGACCGCACCUUCCCUGCCGACGUCAUCCUUGGCGACGGGCGGCGCCUGUCCGGCGUCUCCCUCUACUCGGGGAAGCCUCUCACCGGCUCCAAGUACCCGCUGGUCUACCCGGGCAAGUCCGGCGGCCUCUCCGCCUCCCUCUGCAUGGACAACUCCCUGGACCCCAAAAUGGUCGGGGGCAAAAUCGUGAUCUGCGACCGCGGCAGCAGCCCUCGCGUGGCCAAGGGCCACGUCGUGAAGGACGCCGGCGGGGUUGGAAUGAUCCUGGCCAAUGGCUUAUCCAACGGGGAGGGCCUCGUUGGCGACGCCCACGUCCUCCCGGCAUGUGCCGUUGGCUACUCCGAGGGCGACGUCAUCAAGGCAUAUGUCGCUUCCGCCGCUGUCCCCACUGCCACCAUCCAGUUCAGGGGCACCGUUCUUGGCGUCAAGCCGGCGCCGGUCGUGGCUUCCUUCUCCGGCCGUGGCCCCAACGGGCUCACUCCAUCUAUCCUCAAGCCGGACCUGAUCGCGCCCGGGGUCAACAUCCUCGCGGCCUGGACCGGCGCAGCGGGGCCGACCGGGCUCGACUCCGACAGCCGGAGGACGGAGUUCAACAUCCUGUCUGGUACGUCGAUGGCGUGCCCGCACGUGAGCGGCGCGGCGGCGCUGCUGAAGUCGGCUCACCCGGACUGGAGCCCGGCGGCGAUCAGAUCGGCUAUGAUGACCACGGGGCGCCUCGACGACAAUCGCCGGAAGCCAAUGACGGACGAGUCGACCGGGAAGCCAGCGACCCCGUUCGACAUCGGAGCGGGGCACCUCAACCUGGACCGGGCGAUGGACCCCGGCCUGGUGUACGACAUAGCGACCCAGGACUACGUGGCCUUCCUCUGCGCCAUCGGGUACGACCCCAGGACACUCCAGGUGAUCACCAACGCGCCUACGGCAUGCCCGGCGAAGAGGCCGGCGGCGGAGGACCUGAACUACCCGUCAAUCUCAGUGACCUUCCCGGCAGCGGCGGGGGCGGCGGCGAAUCAGAGCAGGACUGUGAGGAGGACGGCGACGAACGUGGGUUCGAUGGCGGAGGCGGUGUACAAGGCGAGGGUGGAAAUGGCGGAAGGACAAGGGCUGGCGGUCGCCGUGACGCCGAGAAAGCUGGCGUUCACGGCCGGGGCGAGGCGGCAGAGAUUCAAGGUGUCGGUCACGGCGACGGCGGAGGGAGACGGCGGGCCGAGAUUCGCGUACCUCGUCUGGUCGGACGGGUCUCACGAAGUGCGGAGCCCAAUCGUGGUGUCGUGGAUACAACCGCUGUAGCGGACGAUAACGACGGCUAGAAGGACGACAAGUGCGGGUGGUCGAUUCGAGCCGGCAUUAACCGAGGGUAGCUCAGUAUGGCGCUGUGUGAAAGCAAAGUGGAUUGUUCUUGGAUACGCUUUCGAUGGGCCUUUCUCGUAUGAUGGUGGGGAAGAGGGCCGUUUGUGUAUCAUAUCUAGCCAGCACAAGUUUGGAUUCUGUGUUUUACUGGUACAAGGUGGUGUCGACGAGUUACGUCUUUUACCGACGGACGGUGGUUUGGAUACGAUGUCUCGUAAACUGCGUGUUGUCAAGGGCAUGUUUGGAUUAUGACUCAUGUUCGAGCUGUUUAUAUUCCAAGUAGGUCGAGAUUGGGUGUUCAAUUAA